UCCGCGUGCUCGCACCCGACCACUCCAGGGCGGCUUAAGAAACCAACCCCUGGGGCCAUCGCCUGACAGCGGGCAGGAAGACCCGGGGUCGGCGCUGUACGGAGGAACCCCGGCCAAGAUGGCGGCUCCCGCGGGAGAGAUCCAGGGGCGCCGCCAUCGUCUCUGCAGGACCCGCUGAGGCCGCGCUUGGGUUGGCCGCCUUGUCCAUCUGUGACUCCGACCGGAUCCCCACAAAGCCAGAGGCCGUGGACCCGAGGAAGAGUUCAAGGACCGCCGAAUAGGCCAGGUGUCACCCGGAGAUGGCUGUAUCCAAGCCUGCGGGCAGCACGGCGGGACUGGUAACAUUCAAAGACGUGACUAUGGCCUUUACCCAGAAGGAAUGGGAGCAUCUAGACCCAGCUCAGAGGAGCCUGUACAAGGAUGUGAUGCUGGAGAACUACAGCAACCUCGCCUCAAUGGGGUGUCAAGCUGCCAAGCCAGACAUGAUCUCCAAGUUGGAAAAAGGAGAACAGCCAUGUUUGGGGAAGGGGAAAAGACCCAGACAAGGUGGAACACCACGUGAAACACCAAGACCCAAGCAAAAAGGAGCCAAUGGAAAGGAAGUCCAGCAAGAUGAUGACCAGCUAGAGAAUCACCAGGAAUCUCAAAACAAACUCCUUAGGGAAAUUACAUUAAAGAAAAAAACUUUGACUAAGAAGAAAGGCCAUGAAGGUGUGACAAAACUCAAACUGGCAAGAAACUUGAGAACCUGGUUCAUCGUGGCUCAUCCCGUACUGAAUGGGACAACAUCGAAACUGGGGAGAAACAGGAAAAACCAUCCAGCCAUAGCUCACCUCCUACGAAGUGUGACACCGCUCAAGCUAAAGUGA